AUGUUAAUCCAAAAUUCCAAAGAUGAUUGGCCUCUGGAUGAAAACCUUCGAAAAUCAUAUGAAGUACUCAAAGAGAAGGGGAAAUAUCAAUUCCAUUGUGAACCGCGAUUCGAAAACGCAUUUUCUAUCCUCGUCACAUACUUAUACAAAGGGUAUGUCCCAGCGUGUCCCAACGAAGAUGGACCCGGAUCUAGUUCUUAUGGUCGACAGAUGAGAGAAUUAUACUAUUUGGCCGAACGAUUCGAAAUCAUUGAUUUAAUGGAUAAGACCAUGGAUGCAAUUCAGGCUCAUGAUUGUCGAUUUGAUCGAGACAUCUACAAGCACAUGCCAGAAGUCUACAAAAAUACCACCAGGAAAAGCUCUUUACGGUAUUACUGUGCUCUGAGUGCGGCAUGGUAUUUCGGUCGCCCAAGCUCUCCCAAUAGUCAGAAACUGAAACGACUUGAAGCUAUCAAAGAUAAAGCGGAUAUUCUCUACGAUGUUAUGAAGUUGCAAUUGAAAUUCGAAUCUAACAUUUCAAAUGCAAAAAGCGAUUAUCGAGUUCCUUCCGACGAAAGUGGACUUGGUCAUUGUACUUUUCAUACUCAUAGGAUAGGAGAGAUGUGCCAACGACUUGUCUUACUUGCGUCUCCUAAAUCCUCUCAUGGUAGCAAAACCCACGGGCAAACACAUCCGAUUAAUAUUAGGGACGGUGGUAAUCGUAGAAUGGAGGGUAAGACCAAAGACUGUCCGCAGAGAUGUGUGAGCGAAAGUGAAAGUUCCGAAGUAGUAGAAGAGAGAGAAGAUGAUGAAGACCUUCCCAUCUUCACACAAGAGAAGGCUCGGCAGGUCACUGCAACGACUGUCUCGAAGAAGAUCAAGAAAGAGGAUGGUGACGAGGAAAAUGACUUAAAUCACUCUGCGAGCACAGUUGUCUUAGGGAAGAGACUGAGGAGUGAAAGUCCAAUACUAGGAAGCAACGAGGAUGUUAUUUCGAAUCCAGGAAAACGAUCACUUGAAACCAAUGAUGAGGAAAGCUCAAGUAGGAAGCGACCAUUCGUCAUAAUCAGUGGGAACACUUCACGAGAUAGAAAAUCUGAGCCUACAGGCCCUAGUCGAGGGGCACAGCAACAACAGCAGCGAAUCUGUGACGCACUGGGCUUUCGCAAAGGCCAUGAUGACGAUAGUUCAACCGGUAUUAAGCCCAGAGCCCCAGUACUUUUCAAUCAAUCCAACGGUCAAAUUACUACUAUGAGAAACGAUACGAGUCGUCUCGCAUCUGGCUCUAUAAUGUCGAAUUAUGGUCGUGGCGUUGAUACAUCCAGGAUUUUACCGGGGGUGCGAUAA